AUGGUCCAAACCACUGACAACGACUCUGCAUUUCCACCUGGGACAGUCACGCUCGAAGAUCUUCAGGUUCGCGAUGAGACUGUGCGGACAAUUCUGUUGCCACGUCCCAGUCGAGAUCCUAACGACCCAUUGGUGCGUCACCUAGCAAAAAAGCAGAAUUGGGCUCUUACCCGCAAAUAUCUCAACUUCGGUCUUGUUUGUUGCUACACCCUUUUGGUGUUUUCAUUCAUUACUGUCGCUAUACCUACCUGGGAACCGAUGCAUGAGGAGCUGGGCUUUAACUACCAGGAGCUCAACAAUAGUUAUGCCCUCGGCAGUGCAGGUGUGGCUACUGGUGCUGUUUUAUUGACACCAUUUGCCCUCAAAUUUGGGAGACGCCAGAUAUACAUUAUCAGUUUACUCCUGCAGAUCGGAGUCUGUAUCUGGGAAGCUCAACUUCAGAAAGUGCCGGAGUUAUACCUUGUCACCUUUUUGAGUUGCUUCCUAGGGAGUCUUGCGGAGAUCAUGAUUCAAAUGACCGUUGCCGAUGUCUUUUUCAUCCACCAACGAGGGGCCAUGAACAGUAUCUUUAUUUUUUGUCAGCAAAUUGGUACCGCAGUGUCCCCUGUUGUUGCCGGUUAUAUCACCACUUCUCUUGGUUGGCGAGCAGUAUGGUGGGCUAUGGCCAUUUCCUUAGCAACUGCUCUUCUUGCCUUUGUGUUUCUAUACGAAGAAUCCAAGUACUUCGGAGUUCCAACCGAGGGUAUGGAGUUAGAGAUAAAUAUGGAAACUUCGACAACUGGACAUCCUGACGAAAACCAUGAGACUAAACAGAAGCCAGAGACCAAAAGCGACAAGCAAACUGCAGAAACGGCACCUCUUGAUAAGCUGCCGCCUCUAUACGACGCUGAUAUCGAUGAAUCAAUCCCUUCUAUGACCUACAAACAGCGUCUAUUGCAAUUUACUGUUGGCCACGGAUCUAUCUCGCAACUCCUCCUACAUAUCUACCAACCUUUUCAUAUCAUGCUUUAUAUUCCAGGCAUACUAUACAUGGCGAUUGUCUACGGUGUAUCAUGGGCCAUCAUGACGAUCAUCGGGACAAACAUGGCCACUUUCAUGCCAGCCCCACCAUAUAAUUUCAGUGCAUCCGCCGUCGGCCUUAUGAUACUACCCGUCUUCGUUGGAACAGCAAUUGGGAUGGCAAUUGUCGGACCUACUUCUGAUAGGCUGAUUCUCUACCUUGCAAAGCGAAAUAAUGGAAUCUACGAACCUGAAAUGCGCCUCUGGUUAUUAGCUGCUUUCAUUCCGUUGGUUCCCACCGGACUCAUGGUGGCAGGCUCUGGCUUCCAGUAUACACUUCCAUGGCCUGUCAUAGCUGUGGGGUUCGGUGCCGCUUCUUUGGGGAUCACACCAGCCAUUAGUAUAUCACUGACCUAUGUCACCGAUGCUUAUACUGAGGCAAGUGAAUUUUACGUUUCUUUGGAUUUAACUAACUUUAGACAGAUCCUGGGUGAUGCCAUGGUGGGUAUUACAUUCAUGCGCAAUAUCCCCUCAUUGGUGAUACCUUUCUUCCUACUGCCGUGGAUACGCCGCAUAGGGAUUUUGAAUGUUUAUAUCGUGGUAUCUGUCAUUUCGACCGUGAUAUUCAUGGUUACAUUCAUUUUUAUUAUCUACGGGAAAAGGAUCCGUACGGCCACUGCUACUCGGUAUCGG